AUGGUUCGGCUGACCAUGCCCACCCAUAAUAUUCCACACGUCUGGUCCGACAAACGAUGUAAGAACCCUAACAAACGGAAGUGUGGAGUUUGUGGAGGGACCAUGGGCUUCUUUUCUACUUACGAGAAAUGCCGUAGUUGCAAGUAAGUUAUUCUUUUACGUUGGAUGUAUUGAGUCCGUUUAUAAUAAUAUUAUUUUAGAAUAUGUGUACAUACCGAAUGUAAAGCUAGAGUUCAAGACAACUGCGGAUUAACAUCAAAGCAUUUCAAGGAAAUUCUAACUCAUAUGGUGAUCUCAGCGCGCCAAGUAAGUCUAUUGUCAUUUUUUAUUCACAUCUUAGGAUAACUGGGCUUCACCAAACAUCGGAACAUCUAAAUCACUGAACGAUAUGCCCGUAAUCCAAUAUAAUGAUUCUCAAACGCCGACAGUUGCGGACAGUUCUUCGUCAACGAACAGUUCUGCUCCUUCUACUCCUGGUAGGUGUAAUAAAAUUUUAGGUAACCCUUGUAAUAUUUUACGAGAAAAGAAGCAUGCUAUCUAAUUGUAGCUUUUAUAAACCAAGUAGGCCCGGUCCCGACAAUUGCUGUUCAUCCUCCACCUCCUUCCUCUGCUUAUGAUCGGCUUACUGCGCCUCCUCGGACGGCCGAUCUUCCCUCCAGAUCAAAACAAUUUACGUUUCCCGAUGUUGCCAAUUCUUCUGGCAAUGAAUCUGAUUCAGCCCAUUCUACUACCAGUAAUGGAACUAUUAAUUUCGGUGGACAUAAAUGGGAUAGAAGGGCAUGGAAUAUGUUUACCAUCAGGCAUGGAUCAAUGUCAUGGAAAGAUGUAACAAUCCCAAUGAAAGAUAUAAAAAUUAACAAAAUCAUCGGAAGUGGAAGGUUUGGAGAUGUACGUUGUUUUUUUACAGAUUUGGUGAUGAAAAUUCACAUUUUAGGUAUAUGAUGUUGAACAUUUCGGCACAGUGGCCAUCAAAUUCCCCCGCAUGGAUCAUGUUGAUUUGGACAAGAGAAUAGAGGCUUUCAAACAGGAAACGGCCUGCUUUCAGAAUGCAAGACAUGAAAAUCUCAUCUUCUUUGUUGGUUACACUAUGGAUGUGAGCAUGCUAGGGGUUGUCACCGAACGGAUUCGAGGACCUUCUUUGUAUAAAGUUAUUCAUGAAGAAAGCUUGAGCUACAGAAUUGAUUUCAACGACGUUAUUGAUUAUGCAAAACAGAUCUGUCAAGUGAGUUGCUUUCAAUUUUCGAUUUUUGACUUUUAGGGCAUGUCAUACUUACAUACCAAGAAUAUUGCUCAUAAGGAUCUCAGGACAAAAAAUAUUUUCAUCGAAAAUCGAAAAGCAGUGAUUACAGAUUUUGGUUUGUUCAAUGUAAAACGACUGGCUUAUCCGAAAUGGUAAGUAUAUUUUUUAAGGGAGGGGGGGGCUUUCUGUACUCGAAUGGAGAUGUGUUUCAGUACUCACGGGUUUCUGGUACCAAAACAUUGGAUUUCAUAUCAAGCGCCAGAAGUUUUAAGAGCCCUUACGCAAGAUCUCGACCCUAUUUACUUCAACGAGAGGACGGAUGUGUACUCCUUUGGGUAUGGAUUUACUUUCUUUAUUGAUUUUGGUUUAGGACAGUGUGGUAUGAGCUGAUCGCCAGAAAAUUCCCAUUCAACAAUGUUCAUUCGGAUUCUGUGUUCUGGCAGAUUUGCAAAGAAGGAAAGGCACCAAUUGGGAAGGUGAAUGUCUGUCGAGAAGCCAAGGUCCUGCUAAUGCAUUGUUGGGCAAUGAGACCGCUGGACCGGAAGCUGUUUGUAGAUCUUUUGGAAAGCCUCGAAUUGAUGCCAAGGAAAGCGCUAAGAAGAAGUCCCUCGUUUCCGGUUUGUAAAAGUUUCGAGUCAAUAUUCUGA